CACUGUGAUGACGUCAGGCCAGCAGGCGGCGCUGCGGCGUGACGUCACAUGAGCAGAGACGCAGAAGAAGAAGAAGAAGAAGCGUGAGGAGCGCGUUAGCAGGGCCAGCGCUAAUAAUGAUGAAAUAACAUAACGUGCGCGGAAUAAGCAGAGCGAUCGCGGCGCGUCGUGGAAGAUAUCGCGCUUCUGCAGCGGCGUUUGGACCCCGGGCUGAGAACACAGGCGGAAUCAUGGCGAACGACGAGACGCUGCGCUCGCUGAUGUUCACGCUCAGUUACGUGCUGAUGAAGCGGCGGCGUGACGUCACCAGCGCAGACGCGCAGCGCAGACGCGAGGUUCAGCGGCGCGUCGCGCACAGACGGUAUUUCCAGCAGAGACACAAGAGGAUGAUCAUGAUGAUGAUCGCUCAAACCUCUCGUCCGGUCGGUGGCCCGCCGGCGCGUCCCACGCGGGUCUGGAGCAGCAUCGAGAGCACCGAUUGGUGGGAGCGUGUGGUCAUGAGGGAGUUCCAGCCCUCCGAUUGGCUGGAGAAGUUCCGCAUGACUAAAGAGACGUUCUUCCUGCUGUGCGGAAAGCUGAAGCCGCGGCUGAGCCGUCAGGACACCCGUCUACGUCCGGCGCUGCCGCUGGAGAAGCGUGUAGCCGUGGCUCUGUGGCGUCUGGCCUCUAAUGUGGAGUACCGCACCAUCAGUGCUCUGUUCGGCGUGGGCCGCUCCACCGUCUGCAAGUGUGUGCGAGACGUGUGUCACGCCAUCGUGCUGCUGCUGCGGCCACUGUACCUGCGCUCCCCGAGCGAGCAGGAGCUGGAGGAUGCUGCACGACUCUUCGCCUCGCGCUGGGGCUUCCCUCACUGCGUGGGAGCGGUCGGCAGCCUCCACGUGCCCAUCAUCGCUCCGUCCAGCAACACGCACAGCUACUGGAACAGCCGCGGCUGGCUGUCGGUGGUCACUCAGGGCGCUGUGAACGGGCUGGGGCAGUUCUGGGACGUGUGCGCCGGCUUCCCGGGCAGCACCGAGCACUCGGCCAUCCUGCAGAACUCCACGCUGUGGGCGCGCGGCUGCGACGGGUUCCUGCUGCACGAGCCGCCGCUGGACUUCAUGGGCCGGCCGCUGGGAUACCUGAUGCUGGGAGACGCCGGAUACCCGCUGAAGAGCUGGCUGCUGAAGAGCUUCCCGGAGUCCGGCGCGCUCUCGGACGCUCAGAGAGCAUUUAACCGUAAGCUGGAGCGGGCGCGCGGCGUGGUGGACGAGGCCUUCCUGCGGCUCCGAGCGCGCUGGCAGUGUCUGCUGAAGAGGAACGACUGCCGCAUGGACGUGAUUCCCACCAUGAUCCUGGCCUGCUGCGUGCUGCACAACGUGUGCGAGGUGCACGGAGACGAGUUCAUCGAGCGCUGGGAGGAGGCGGUGCGUCACGAGGAGAGUCCGCAGCCCGCAGACGAGGUGUCACCCGCCUCUGACGACCACGACGGAGAGGAAGUCCGAGCGCUGUUCUGCCAGUACUUCCUGCAGCAGGAGAACCAGCAGCGGACACUGGCCUGCUGAGACGGAGACAUCGAGCGUCACGCGUGUCUGUGAACAGCCUGCCGUCCUUGAGCGCUGCAAUGCUCUGGCUCUUCUCCUCCUCUGUUUUGUGCUGUGUGUUUUCCAGAACUUGAUCUCAUCUGUUCACUUCAGUCACAUCUGAAUGCAGAACAUCACAGCGAGAGUAAUGAACUGUACAGAAAGACACACGGCUCUGAGCUGCUGUCAGUAGUGUGUUUGUGGGUUAGUUAGUGCAGUGAUUCCUGGAGCCCAUCUCUGCACGUCUCUUUAAUCAAACACACCUGAUUCAGAUCAUCAGCUCAUUAGCAGACAGUAGGCUUGUUCGAGAGGCAUCGGCGUGUGACAACAAAGCACCGCGAGAGCAGGCGGCUCUUUAUGCUUUUGAAUCGCUGUGGCGGUGCUUCCGAUGCGUCUCGAACAAGCCUACUCCAAGACCUGAAAUGAAUCGUGCAGAGCUGGGCUCCAGGAACGGUUGGGAACCGACUGAGUCUUCGGCCCUAAAACUGGAGCUGGUGAUUCUGAGCGCGGCCGUGAAGAGGAGAGGGUUCUGAUGGAGGAAGAGCGAGCCGGUCUGCUGCCGGGGUUCAUCAGAACCGAGCCCCAUCAUCACACGACCCGGCCUUCAUUACAUCACAUCACUAUGAGUCUGCAGACAGUGCAGUCUGUGCCAGCUCUCAUUACUCUGGCUUUAAUGUUUUCACUUCGUCUUUAGCAUGUUUUUAUCAGAGCAGAUGCUCUUUUAGCUGCUGUAGACAAGCAAAGCGUAGAUAACAGUCUUUCAGCAAGAAAAGAGGGCGCGGUCAUGUGACCGUUGUGAUGUCAUCAACGUAAUUGCUGUGUUCUGUGAUGCCAUUAAAAUUAACUCUGGGAUAGUUCCUGUUUUGGCUCUGUAUAUAUAAAU